AUGCUUGCCAUUAGACGUAUGGAUCGCAUUGGAUUUGAUGAGGCUGCAGGAUGUCAAGGAAGUGCUGAAGAUUACGGAUUCCCCGAUUCCCUAGAGAAGUUGCGAGUUCGUAAUCUUCAGCACUACACCUUUUCAAAAAGUGAAGAAAUCGAAAGAUAUCGAAUGGGACGGCUAUACGUCAAGCAAAUGCCGGUCACAUUGAUUCUUGGCAAAGACAUUACUUUCGAACCAGACCAUGACAAAGGAUGCGAUAUUCGAUGCUGA